AUGUCUCGCGAGUUUAGUCCCGCUGCCUGUGCGCUGUCUGCUAUCUGCUGUCUAUACACUGUCUUCUCUACCUGCCCCCUCCCUGUGAAAUUAAACAAGCUCGACGCGUACAAAUGGGCUCGUACCAGGCUCAACCAGCUCGACGAGGAAGGCAUCUUGCGUAAGCACGCGGGAGUGGUCUUCAAAAACCUCAGCCUCUCCGGGUCCGGCGCAGCCCUGCAGCUUCAGGAAACAGUUAGCUCGACUUUGCUGGCUCCAUUCCUUCCUGAAAGCUACCGAAAGAUCAUGCAUCUAGCUCCCAAGAGGCAGAUUCUGCAUAAUUUUGAUGGUUUUUUGAGGAGCGGCGAGAUGCUCAUGGUCCUCGGUCGACCGGGCAGCGGUUGCUCAACGUUCCAUAAGACAAUCUGUGGUGAAUUGCACGGGCUCGAGUUACAUCCGGACUCGGUCAUGCACUACAAUGGAAUACCUUGGAAGAAGAUGCACAAAGAGUUCAAGGGCGAGUUCGUCUACAACCAGACGCCAUCUCAUCGGUUGGCGGGCGUGUCUCGCAAGCAAUAUGUCAAAGAAACUACACAGGUAGCUAUGGCGGUGCUGAGCCUGUCCCAUACAUAUAACACCCGAGUCGGGGACGAUUAUAUUCGAGGAGUAUCUGGGGGAGAACGAAAGCUCGCACGAGCUCCUCUUGCAGCUUGGGAUAACAGUACACGGGGUCUCGAUGCUGCCAGUGCCCUCGCAUUUGUGAAAGCAUUGAGAAUAUCAGCCGAUCUAGCCGGAGCCUGCCAUGCUGUAGCCACCUACCAGGCAUCCCAAGCAAUCUAUGACGUAUUUGACAAGGUGAUUGUCUUGUAUGACGGCCGCGAAAUCUACUUUGGACCAUGCAAGCAGGCGGAGAAAUAUUUUACCACGAUGGGAUGGGUCAACCCUCCUCGACAGACGGUGGGAGACUUUCUUACUUCUGUUACUAACACUCACGAGCGCAAUGCCCAAGAAGGGAUGGAGGAUAUAGUUCCGCGGACUCCAGAAGAGUUUCAGAGAUAUUGGAAGAGUAGCCCGGAAUACGCAACCCUUCUGAAACAAAUCAGACAAUACGAGUCUGAAUAUCCUCUCGGGAGCCACGGGCAAGAGGAUGUCUCAGCUGGGAAGCGCAUGGAGCAGGCAAAGAACGUCCGGUCAGGGAGUCCAUAUCUCAUCUCCGUUCCAAUGCAACCCAAACUGUGCAUGAUAAGGGCCUAUCAGAGGAUAUGGAACGACAAAACUUCAACACUGACGUUGCUUGUUGGUCGAGUCGUCAUGUCUUUGGUUGUUGACACUCCAGAUGCCAAUGCUGCUUUCUUCGCCAAAGGUUCACUGCUCUUUUUUGCCACCCUACUCAAUGCCCUGAUUAGCGUGAUGGAAAUCAAUUCCCUCUAUGAUCAGCGUCCUAUUGUGGAGAAGCAAGCUUCCUAUGCCUUUCUUGUUUCUGCAGUUCUGUUCAAUGUAGUCAUCUAUUUCCUUGGAAGUCUGCGCUAUACUGCAUCUCAAUUCUUCAUCUUCUUUCUCUUCAGCUUCCUUUCAACUAUGAUCAUGUCGGCGGUCUUCCGUACUCUGACCGCCGUGACACGAAGUGUUGCCCAGGCCAUGGCGCUGGCCGGACUCAUGAUCCUAAUCAUUGUCAUCUAUGCAGGAUUCGUUAUCCCGGCGCCGGAGAUGCAUCCCUGGUUUUCCUGGCUGCGAUGGAUCAACACGCUCUUCUAUACCUUCGAGAGCCUCAUUUCCAAUGAAUUCCAUGAAAGAAGUUUCGAGUGUUCUCAGUUUAUUCCUGGGUACCCAAGCUUCUCUGGCGAUGCCUUUGUUUGCUCCGUGCCUGGGUCCGUGGCAGGAGUAAGAACUGUGUCUGGUGAUUCCUUCAUCUACGCGCAGUACCGCUACAGCUACUCUCACGAGUGGAGAAAUCUCGGCAUCCUCAUUGGCUUCUGGACGUUCUUUAAUUUCCUGUACCUAAUUGCCACAGAGCUGAAUUCCGCCACGUCGUCCACAUCUGAGUUUCUUGUCUUUCGUCGUGGUCACGUUCCUGGCUACAGGAAAGCGACGAUUCAAGAUACAGAGAAGACUCCCACUUCCCAAACGCCGGGGCUGAAGUCGCCAGCGGAGAAUGGAGAGCCCGUCGACUUGAGUACAGUCAUGCCCGAACAGCGAAGCACCUUUACCUGGCAGGACCUCUGUUACGAUAUCCCGGUAAAGGGUGGACAGCGCCGCCUUCUCGAUCAUGUUGACGGCUGGGUCAAGCCAGGAGCUCUUACAGCCUUGAUGGGCGUGUCUGGAGCCGGCAAAACCACAUUGCUGGAUGUUCUUGCACAGCGGGUCUCAAUCGGGGUUGUUACUGGGGAUAUGCUGGUCAAUGGAGGGUCUCUCCCAGCAAGCUUUCAACGACAAACCGGGUACGUGCAACAACAGGACCUCCACCUCGCUACAUCUACGGUACGAGAGGCUCUGAGAUUCAGUGCAAUGCUGCGGCAGCCCAAGAGCGUUUCCAAGGUAGACAAGUAUGACUACGUUGAACAAGUCAUCAAAAUGCUGAAUAUGAAGGAUUUUGCGGAAGCUGUCGUUGGUACGCCAGGAGAAGGCCUCAAUGUGGAGCAACGCAAACUCCUGACCAUUGGAGUUGGACUUGCAGCCAAACCCCAGCUUCUCCUAUUUCUUGAUGAGCCAACAAGUGGCCUAGAUUCGCAGAGUGCAUGGUCUAUUUGCGCCUUCUUCUGCAAGCUCGCAAAUAACGGACAGGCAGUUCUUUCCACAAUUCACCAGCCAAGUGCCAUUCUAUUCCAGCAGUUUGAUCGUCUUCUCUUCCUGGCCAAAGGUGGGAGAACAGUUUACUUUGGCGAAAUCGGGGAGCAGUCCAGAACACUGCUAAGUUACUUCGAGCGAAACGGAGCAAGAGAGUGCGACCCAUCCGAGAAUAUACGUCCAAUACAUCCUCCUGCCGAAUACAUGUUGGAAAUCAUUGGCGCAGGGGCAUCGGGUCAAGCUACCAAAGAUUGGCCGGUAGUUUGGAAAGAAAGCCCGGAAGCGCGCGAAGUAAAAGUCGAAUUAGGUCGCAUACGUGCCACGCAAUGUGUUCCUAAUGGUGGCCCUGCACCAAUUGAUAAACUGUCAGACGACCAGGGAGAAUAUGCCAUGCCGCUCACUGCUCAGUUCUGGUGGGUCACUCACCGGGUAUUUCAGCAGUACUGGCGUGAACCUGCCUAUAUCGGGGCAAAGUUCAUGUUAGGCGUCGUUUCGGCUUUGUUCAUUGGCUUCUCCUACUUCUUGCCAGGACAUUCGAUUCAGGGGAUACAGAACCUUCUAUUCAGUUCAUUCAUGUUGACGUCAAUCUUCUCCACAUUGGUCCAACAAAUAAUGCCCAAGUUUGUCACUCAGUGCUCGUUGUAUGAGGUUCGUGAACGGCCAUCCAAAGCUUACUCAUGGGUGGCGUUCGUUGUCUCGAAUAUCGUCGUUGAGAUUCCGUACAUGGCCAUUCUCGGAGUUCUAGUCUGGGCGAGUUACUACUAUCCGAUUUAUGGUGCAAACCAGAGCUCGGAUAAGCAGGGACUAAUGCUACUAUUUGUGAUUCAAUUCUUCCUCUUCACCUCGACCUUCGCAGACCUGGUGAUCUCGUCCUUGCCAGAUGCCGAAACUGCAGGAACUGUUGCGACAUUGUCCUUUGCCCUGACUCUAACGUUUAAUGGAGUCAUGCAGACCCCAAACGCACUGCCCGGAUUCUGGAUCUUCAUGUACCGUGUCUCGGCCCUAACCUACUUGAUCGCUGGAAUGUGCGGCAAUACGCUGCACGGGCAGAGUGUUCAAUGUUCUAGCAAGGAGCUCAGUGUAUUUUCUCCGCCUCAAGGUCAGACAUGCGGUCAAUACAUGGCGGAUUGGUUGAGUGUAUCGCCAUGCCAACUGUACAACCCCUCUGCCACGACAAACUGCGAGUUCUGCGCUUUUACUACCGCAGACCAGUAUCUUUCUCUAAGCAAUAUCUACUACAGUCAACGCUGGCGCAACUUCGGAAUUGGUUGGGCCUAUAUUGGUUUUAACAUUGCAGGGGCUGCAAUAUUGUACUAUGUUUUCAGUGUCCGCCACUACAAAACAACGUUGCUUCCGCGAGUGGUGACUGCCUGCGGAAAGGUCUUGCAUAGACUGUUUAGAAGAAGAUCCGGAACAGUCCCGCAAGAGAAGAAGGCGGAGAACCGCCGCGUUCUUUGA